UUCACAGUUUCCACUGCUCCUGCGCCGCAGCAGCUGAACAUCAUCAGCAGUCAUGGCGAAGAGCUGAACUGCUUGAGCUGUGUGCUGCCUGAGGACCUGCUGGUGGACAUCCUCUGUGAGAGGCUGAAGAGUAAAGACUGCUACAAGGGAGUGGUUUUUGAUGGCUUGGAGAGCCUCUUCACAAGCAGCCUGGAAUCUUCCCUGCUCUGUGUACUCAAAGCUGUCAAGUACCGUCGUCAUAUCUUCAUGGUGAACCUGCAUCAUGAUUAUGCUUCUUGCAAAGCCCAGGAAGAAGCUAAAAGAAAGCAGGAGGAAGCUAAAAGAGAGGAGGAAG